AUGGCAGAAGAUACCCGGGCGGUCUCAUCAUGUCGCUUUUCGACACGAAUCUCGCUACGAUGGCUUCCAGAGCCAGCCCAUGAGACAACUGACACAAUUGUCAUGUCCGUAAAGGACUGGUAUCUCGAUCUACGAAUGGACAAACAAACCCAGAAAAUCGACUGGGCAAUUGCCGGUCAGAGAAUCGUCGAAAGUCAAGAACCACUCCGGGUAUCUUUCACCCACGAACUAGACUCGCAUGACGCAUUCGAGAGCGUAGACUGUGGCACCUUUGUCUCACUCCCUAAUGGGGAUGACCUGGAGACGGGCUCUAUGCCUCGUCCUGAUCUUCCUGGUGCACCAGAUACGGAAUAUGAAGAGGUGUGGAGAGAAUUACCGUUCCGGCAAGGACCGGAGGGGAAGGGCAAGGGUAUUUCGUGGGUCCUCGAGUCUGACGAUGGUGAUCUCGGUGAGCAGGAGGGAGAGGUCACGGUGGUGAAGACGUUCUUGGGACGGAUCUGGGGCACUUAUUUGGCCUUACAGCAGAAGCAGGUUCAUGCUCGGCGCAAGGAUGCAUCGGGGGGGUGGGUCGUGAGUAAAACCGGGGCUGCGGCCAGUGCUCGAAGGGAAGAAUGGGUGGGCUCUGGGUGGGAGGAACGAUAUGUGGUCGGAGUUGCUGGUGAUGAGCUCGCCUCGAUGAUGACCGGGAUAGCCGGCGAAGGAAAGGGGUCGUGGAGGGUGUGUGGGGAGCGGGUUGUUGUUCAUGGAAUGACAUAUAUUGUCCGAGCAUUCGAGGAGAUCUAG